GCUAGGGCACAUGAUCCAAUGACGGUGUCGAAAUCUCCAGUCUAUUCUAAACACGUUUAGUUGAGGAUUAAAACUAACACGUUGCUAGCAUUGUUUGUAUGCUGAAAUAUUUGUAAGGUAUGUGUUAUUUUGCUUUUAUCAAACAUCACAUGGGUCUACUCAGGAUACAAUACAGCGUGAUCUAUUUUUGGAUAUUAUGCCAUACUUGUCACGUGGUCACAGCUCAGACGUACACCAACGUGACGUCCAUCUUUAACGAUAAAAUUACCAACAGCGGCUACAACCCGGAAGUCCGACCUUUAGUUGACCAGUCCAAGGCCAUCGUUGUUGACGUCUGGUUCGAGCUUGUUUCCAUCGUGGAGGUUAAUGACGUGGCCCAGAGUUUUACCUGCAACGGGUUCCUGCUGUUUGGGUGGAAGGACGAGCUGAUUGUUUGGGACCCACGCGACUACGGAGGACAUACAUUGAUUCAUCCACUGCCAGAACAGAUCUGGAGACCUAUGGUGCUGCUGCUCAAUACCUUGGAUAAACGAGAUCUAUUCGAUGACGACAAGUCGCCCGUGUUCAUCUACAAUAAUGGGGAUGCCAUCUGGGCCCCGGGCAGUGUGUUCCCAGUCUCCUGUCAGCUGACCAUGACCAACUACCCGUUCGAUCAACAGGAAUGUUCCAUCUAUAUGACAGCUUUGACAUUAAAUAAGGACGAAAUGCAGUUCAAGAAUAAAGUACCUACCAUAGGCACUUCAUUUUACACGCUACACGGAGAAUGGGAUCUGAUAUCAGGAACUAUCAUUACAUCUAACCUAUCGUCAGGGGUCGUUCAGGUCCCAACAUUUCAGUUGAAGUUUAAUCUAAAAAGACGGCCGAUAUUUUUGAUCGUCAACAUUAUACUGCCUGUCGUGUUCUUGUCAUUCCUCAACAUACUCGUCUUCAUCAUUCCUGUGGAGUCGGGGGAGAAAAUCGGCUACGGUAUUACCGUGCUUCUCGCAUUGUCUGUUUUUAUGAGUAUCGUAGGGGGCAUGUUGCCCAGGUCAUCACGAUCCAUGCCCAACGUCACCAUCUACCUCUUCAUCUUGCUCAUCAUCUCCAUGUUGACCGUCAUCGAUAGCAUCGUCAUCGUCUACCUCUCACACAGGGAGGAGAGAGAACAGGUACAUCUGAACGCCAAGAGAAAAUUUAAAGAAGCUUUUACCAAAGUUAAAAACUCGGUCGCGCCUCAGAACAACGAGACCUCUACCAGCGAUAACAAAGUGGCCAGAAAGAAAAUAACGCUGGAUAGAGCGGUUCUGUCCUUCACAUCCGGGUCCCAGAGCGAAGAGAAACCGGAAGUAAACAAGUACAAGGUGAUCGGAAAAUACAUGGAUAAAGUUUCUUUUGUGGUGUUCAUGUUCAUUUGGGUCAGUGUUACACUUGGGUUUUUAAUCUACGCAUCCCAGGACUAGAACAAAAAAAAACUCGUACAUUUUAGAUUUUGGAAAAAUAUAUGUGUCUGUGUUACAUAGUUUUUAAUUGAGUAAAAUAAACUAUUAAUUGACCACUAUAAAUAAUUCUAGUGCAUUUGUGUGUAAGUGUCAAAGAAGGGCUGGCAAUGAGUUUAUGUGUGCAUGUGUGUGUAUGUGUAUGAGUGUAUUACAACAAACAUAACUUAUUUUAUGUUUUCUAAUGGUAUUACGAUAUUUACGUUAAUAUUUUUACUAUAUUAUUUUACGAUAAACAUAAACGAGAUUCAGCGAGGUUGUGGCAUUAUUGGCUGCAAUUUAUGAUUA